AUGUCAAUCCGUCAAUGGAAAGCCGCCAUCUGCCAAGCUGAACCAUGCUGGUUCGAUAAAGCCGCCGGUAUCAAAAAGUCGAUCCGACUCAUCAACGAGGCCAGCCAGAACGGGGCAUCUCUCAUAGCCUUCUCAGAAGUUUGGCUGCCAGGCUAUCCCAAUUUCCUAUGGUCAGGAACAUACAGAAAGAAUAUGCCCUUAGUGCAGAAGUACAUGCAAAACAGCAUGUCUGCCUAUGGGGACGAGAUGCUUGAGAUUUGUCAAGCUACGGCAGCGGCCAACAUCUACAUAUGUUUUGGUUUCAGUGAGCGAGUUGGAGCUUCGUUGUAUCUUGCUCGGGUUCUCAUCGGUCCUGAUGGCAACAUUCUUCUUCAUCGACUAUUUUUUGGAGAUUCCACAGGAGAUUCUCUUACUACCGUGGUGGACACUCCCUUAGGAAAAAUUGGCAUGUUGAACUGUUGGGAGCACCUUCAGCCGCUCCUCAAGUAUCACACCUACUGUCAAGGUGAACAAGUUCACAUCGCUGCCUGGCCAUUCAACGCAAAGUGGACUGAAUCCGCUGUUGAACCCUACUCGGUCUUUUCAGAGGCCAACGAAGUCACAGCCAGUCGCAUGUAUGCCCUGGAGGGCGCUGUCUACGUCCUCGUAACCAACCAGCCAUUAUCCGCCGAAGGCGCCAAGCUGAACAGUGAGGGUCAAGGAAACGCAGACAAGGACGGUUUCAUGCUCGCUGGAGGUGGUGGUGCCGCAGCUGUCUUUGGUCCGGAUGGCCGACAGCUGACUGAGCCUACUGAUCCCUUGUUUGACGGCCUGAUCUACUGUGACAUUGAUCUAGAUAAGAUCGACUACGCAAAAACCUUGACUGAUUGUGUGGGUCACUACUCACGACCUGACAUGCUGCGAUUGGUUGUUGAUGAUCAACCGAAGAACUACGUCGUUCGCGUAUCUGAUGGGCCGACGAAUACUCCUUAUCACACUGGUACAAGUGGGGAGACGUUGCUCUCUGCUCAUGAGAAGUUGGAUGAGCUUCUCGCCAAGAAAACUAAAAAGGAGGAGGCAAGGUGA